UUCAAUACUCAACGGCAGUGUGGUGAUCGGAAAACGCGGACGAUAAGAUACUUUUUUUCCAUUCGUUGCAUCGAAAAUCUGUAUCAGAUUUUACAUAAUUUGGAGCCAGAAUGGAGUUCGAUGCCACAUAUCACCAGAUCUGCUCCACGCAGACCGUUCAGUCGGAGAGGCGGGGAUUCUUCAAUGAAUUUUGCUUGGAUGUGCGGGAUGCAUGUGGCGACAAGUGGCUGCGGAACUACUUUGGCAAGCUGAAGUCCAAUGCGGCCCGGGUUCUGUCGAUUUUCAGCGAUCGCGAGGUGUGCGAUCCUGUGCUGGGUGUCCUGGAGCAUGUGCAGCCGGUCUUCAAGCAGAAGGAUGCACUCUUCUCCGCCCAAAGGAGAGCCCAGGCGGAUAAGUUCUAUCUGAUGAGUGGCAACGGGGAGGGCGAGGAGAGCAGGGAGAUACUGCAGCAGGCUCUGAUGGCCGCCAAUCUGGCCGUGAUGCGGGCUCCCGACCGGAAUGCAGAUCCUUCCAUCGAUGACGGCCUCACCCUGGCUUUGGCCUACAGGUCGAGGGCCUCCAUCCUGAUCCGCUUGGGCGAGGGCGAGGCUGCCCUGAAUGACCUCAAGUUGGCCAUCAAUUUUGGCCUGGAGCUGAAGACCAGCGUGGAUUACUACUGCAAGAUGGCCAAGGCUUAUGCAGUCAUGGGAGAACCUGCCCGCGCCGAAAUCUCACUGAAGAUUGCCGAGAAGAUGACUGGCUCCGAUCCCACCCACAUCGCCUUGUGUCGCAAGGAAAUAGCUGCAGUGAAGGGGAUUUCCAAGAAAGCCUCCUUGGAACAUGUGCCACAACUAGCACAUGGCGAGAAUCCCGAACUGAGUAGUGCCUCCAAGGUGGUGAGACUGGUGGAGACCAAGGACAAGGGUCGUUUUGUGGUGGCCAACGAUGGCCUAAGAACUGGCGAUGUCCUGCUCUGUGAAGAUCCAGUUGCUGCCUGUCUGGAACCCACUUAUUUCGGCACUCACUGUCAUAAUUGUUUCAAGAGGCUGCACACCCCUGUUUCCUGUCUGCACUGCUCGGGAAUCGCCUUCUGCUCGGCCCAGUGCAUGGGUGAGGCCUGUUCCAGCUACCAUCGAUUUGAGUGCGAGUACAUGGAUCUGCUGAUCGGCUCCGGAAUGUCCAUCCUGUGCUUCAUCGCACUGCGAGUCUUCACGCAGGCGGCCAGUUUGGAGCAGGGACUGGCCACGGCCAACCUGCUCUUCGAGCACAUGUGCUCCCACGAGGACGAGCGCCAGCCGGAGGAUUACUUGCACCGCUCCCUGAUGGCCGGUUUCCUGAUGCGCAUCCUCCAGAAGUCCCUGUACUUUGGUCGUCGCAAGACGGAGGGCGUGAAUCCCACGGCCGUGGAACUUCAGGUGGCCACCGCCUUGUUGGGUCUGCUGCAGGUGCUACAGUACAAUGCCCACCAGAUCUACCAAACCCAAGUGACCGACGAGCAUCGAUUUGACGGCAGCAAGACGGUCUAUAUUGCCACUGGUCUUUAUGGCACUGGUUCCUACUUCAAUCACGAGUGCUGGCCCAGCACGGCUUGUCAUUUCGUUGGCAAGAAAUUGGUUCUAACGGCUACCAAGCCACAUCGUCCCAACGAAGUUGUCUCGGUUAAUUACGGACCCAUUUUCAUAAAGAACAACCUGAAGGAGAGGCAAAGAUCCCUGCGAGGACGCUACUCCUUCAACUGCAAUUGUAUGGCCUGCCAGGAGAACUGGCCAUUGCUCCAGAAGCUGGACAAGCAAGUGCGUUUUUGGUGCACUUCAGCAAACUGCGUUAAUCUGCUCAAGUUCCCCAAGGACUUGGCGAAGGAUGUGCGUUGUCCUCGUUGCCGCAAGAACAUAUCGCUCAAAGAGAGCGUAUCCAAACUAAUCAAGAUCGAGGAACUUUAUAGAGAGGCCGCACGCGCCAUGGAGGUCCAGAAGACCGGAGAGGCUAUUGAACUUUUUAAGGAGGGACUCGAGAUGUUCUUCCAUGUGGCGGCCCUGCCCCACAAGGAUACUUUAGUGGCCCAGCAAUCGCUCACCAGAUGUUUGUCCGACACUGGCACCACUUUCAAAAAGGAGGGAAAAUAGUAACGAAAACUAGUCACUGGCUUAUGCAUGUAUUAUUAAACCGUUUUUUCUACUUGAAUACAAAAUAAAAUUUAAUUAACUGGAGUA